AUGUCUCUCCCUCCUCUUCCUCCUUGUUUUAAAUUCCUCUCUCUCUCUCCCGUCUCUCCCAUCUCUCUCUGUGUUUCUUUGUCUGGUCUGUCUUCGAUAUCAUACUCCAAUUGCGAUUUCAACGUCUGUGUUUGGCUGUUCGUUCAUCCUCUGACCGAUUCCUUCUGCAGCUCAGCUCAGACUUUGAUUUCGUAUCAGCAAGUUCACAGCCUGAGUUUCGUCAUGCCAUCUGAGAUAAUGGACCUCAAUAGUUUGUCCUCCUCGUCAUUGUUCUCCGAGGAUGUAUCUUUUCCAAACGAGAGGCAGGUUGGGUUUUGGAAGUCAGAUAAUACGCCCGAUAAUCAUGCCAGUAAGAAGUCACUUGCGUCAUCAUCUCUAGAGAAGUGUCAGACAGUGAAGUCUUUGGACCAUCCCGAAUUUUUCUUAAUGCAAGACCAGAAAGUGCAUCCCAGCUUCAAUAGACAAGCAGUGGGAGCAGAGAGAGCCUUAAGUCAUUCCUUGAGUUUAUCGAGAACCAUGAGCCAUGAUGUAGCGGCAAGAUCAAAUGUAAAUGUUGAGACAGCAUCUUAUAUUGGAGAAGUUGGUAAAGUCAAUAUGAUGGGAGCUCAGUAUGAGAGUAGCCUCUUCUCAAGUUCAUUGUCAGAGCUAUUUAGUAGGAAGUAUGAAGCUUUUGAAUCCCUUGAAGAAAUUGAGGCCCAAACCAUCGGAAACCUCCUCCCUAAUGACGAUGAAUUACUUUCAGGAGUUACUGAUGGGCUCGACUAUAAUGUCCAAAUCAGUUCUGGGGAUGAUAUGGAGGAGUUGGACCUUUUUAGCAGUGUUGGAGGGAUGGAUUUGGGAGAUGACGGUUUGUCAGCUGCUCUAAAGGAUUCUGAGUCUCCUGGAGGAGUUUCUAAUGGUUCAAUAGUUGGAGAACACCCUUAUGGUGAACACCCUUCUCGGACAUUGUUUGUGAGAAAUAUAAACAGUAACAUUGAAGAUUCUGAGUUGAGAACCCUGUUUGAGCAAUAUGGAGAUAUCCGCACUCUUUACACAGCCUGCAAGCAUCGUGGUUUUGUUAUGAUAUCCUAUUAUGACAUUAGAGCAGCCCGGAAUGCAAUGAAAGCAUUGCAGAACAGACCAUUGAGGCGCCGGAAGCUCGACAUACAUUACUCGAUUCCAAAGGACAACCCUUCUGAGAAGGAUGUUAAUCAGGGAACUCUGGUGGUUUUCAACCUGGAUUCUUCUGUUUCAAAUGAUGAAUUACGCCAGGUUUUUGGUGUCUACGGAGAAGUCAAAGAGAUCCGUGAAACCCCAAACAGAAGUCAUCACAAAUUUAUUGAAUUUUAUGAUGUUAGAGCUGCAGACGCUGCUCUUAAUGCGUUAAACAGGAGUGAUAUUGCUGGGAAGCAAAUUAAGCUUGAGCCAAGCCGUCCUGGAGGUUCAAGACGAAGCUUGGGGGUACAGUUAUCUCCAGAGUUGUUAGAGAAAGAUGAAUGCGGCCUUUAUUUGCAGCAGAGCAGCCCUCCUAACUGUGUCACCGGUUUUUCUGGCCCAGUUCCGCAUGGACCAGUUACAUCCAGUUGCACAGAUAAUGGAACUAUCAUGGCUGUACACUCUGCAGUACAAGCUGCAUCCCUUGAAAACAUGUUCCACCAUGGGAUCUCUUCUAGUGUUCCUAACAGCUUAUCUUCUGUGAUGAGAGCUGAAUCAGUUGGCAAUCUGUCUGGCCCUACUGAGUCCACUCAUUCACCAGGCUCGCUGAAAUUUGACAUCCAUGGCACACCAGCCUUUCAUCCUCAUUCACUUCCGGAGUAUCAGGAUGGUUUAACUAAUGCUGUCAACUGCAGUUCACCGGGCACUGUAUCUGCAAGUAUCAAUGCCAGACCACAAGAAAGAAUUGAUAACAGGCACUUAACCAGAGUAAGCUCAAAUGGGCUUUCAAUUGAACUCAAUGAAAGCGUUUUUGGCUCUACUGGUAAUGUUAACUACCCUAUUCCUGGACAUCAUUAUGCAUGGAACAAUUCCUAUCACCCUCAGGCUCCAGGAAUGAUAUGGCCAAACUCACCAUCAUUUGUUAACGGCCUUUCUUCAGCUCAUCCUAUUUCUGCGGCCCAUCCCUCAACGCGGGUUCAUGGACUUCCUAGAGCACCAUCUCAUAUGUUAAACCCAGCUUUAGCCAUACAUAACCAUCAUGUAGGGUCAGCACCAGUGGUUAAUCCGUCUCUCUGGGACAGGCGACGUGCAUAUGCAGGGGAAUCCCCUGAGGCAUCUGGAUUUCAUCCUGGCUCUCUUGGGAAUAUGAGAAUGUCAAAUAACUCACCACAUUCAAUGGAAUUUGUUUCUCAUAACAUGUUUCCCCAUGUUGGCGGAAACAGCAUGGACCUGCCAAUUUCCCACAAAAAUGUAGGACUCCAGACCCAUCAUCAGGGGUGCAUGAUGUUUCCUGGAAGAUGCCAGAUGAUUCCCGUUAUGAAUUCAUUUGAUCCGCCUACUGAACGUGCACGAAGUCGUAGAAAUGAAGGCAGUGUUAAUCAGGCUGACAAUAAGAAACAGUACGAACUUGAUAUUGACCGCAUAAUGCGAGGGGAUGACAACCGAACAACACUUAUGAUAAAGAACAUUCCUAACAAGUAUACUUCAAAGAUGCUAUUGUCUGCCAUUGAUGAACGCCAUCGAGGAACUUAUGAUUUCAUUUAUCUGCCAAUUGAUUUUAAGAACAAAUGCAAUGUGGGUUAUGCAUUCAUCAAUAUGACUGAUCCUAGGAUGAUCGUUCCAUUUUACCAGUCAUUCAAUGGGAAGAAAUGGGAGAAGUUCAAUAGUGAGAAGGUGGCAUCACUUGCAUAUGCCCGCAUUCAAGGAAAAGCUGCUCUGAUUGCACAUUUCCAGAAUUCAAGCUUGAUGAAUGAGGAUAAGCGAUGCCGUCCCAUUCUCUUCAAUACCGAUGGCCCAAAUGCUGGUGAUCAGGUGCCCUUCCCAAUGGGGGUUAAUGUUCGCACAAGACCUGGUAAAGCUCGAACAACCACCCAUGAGGAGAACCAUGUUGGAAGCCCACCAAGUUUCGGAGACGGGGAGCAUUCUUGCAAUGGAGAGACAACUACAGGUUCUGCUAAGGAGUCAGACUAA